AUGGUUGAAGAGAGAGAUGACCCACGCCCCCACCGCCGCCCCCCGCCCACUCAUUCCACUAAUUGCUUCCACUACGGAAAACGGAAAACACAAUGCCGGCGCUUUAUCACGCUUAUCAGCAAACGACGUAAGCGCAACGUAAUGACUAUUUUCGACUUUUUGACUUUCGAUGGCGAUGGCGUAAUUGUUUUGAUAGUGCAAACAAUGAGCGCUUUUCCAUUUUUAGCCCGACGACAUUGA